AUGGCAUUCUGUUGUUUGUGGAAACCAUUCUUCAACGGAAAAUCAAACAAUGAAGAGAAAGAAGAGGAAGAACAAGAAGAAAAUACUGUUCAAAUUGUCAAAAAUGAAGAUUUGAAUGAAUCCGAUGAUGGAUCUCUGUCAUCCACAGAUUCAGAUUCGAUGUUCUCGUCUGAUGAAGAAGAAGACAUUCCAGUCGAAGUGAAAAUGCGUCAAGCCUAUCAGCGUGGAAAAUAUCCUCAACUUGGUCUUCUUUUUGACUUGUUAUCGGACAGCAGCGCUGAAGAUCUUUGUCAAGUGAGUUGUUUUUUGCUUUGAUAUGUGCCUAUGAAAAAUUUAAAUAUAUAUAUAUAUAUGUUUUCUAGCAACUUGAUCGCAUUCCGGAAAGUGACAACGAAGAAGAUGGGGAUGAAGAUGAUGAAGAAUGUGAGCAAGAAAAGAAGGAAGGGAAUCGAGGAUCUUAUGGAAAUCCCAUCGAAAAAGUGAACACAAAAUAA